AUGACUCCCACCAUCACCCUUUACACGGCUCACCACUGCCCAUUCGCUCACCGGGUUCAAGUGGCGCUUCGUGAACUUGGGCUGAAGUUUGAGACCUGCCUUGUUGACAUCACGGUCCCUCGCACCCCCGAAUACCUCGCCAUAAACCCAAAUGGAAUGGUGCCGGCCCUGGUCUAUGGUGACCUUGUCUUGACAGAGUCUGGUCUCAUUUGUCAAUUUCUGGCCGACUCCUACCCGAGUCACCUUUUGAAAGCCAGCACAGAAGCAGCCGGUGCACUGCAGCGUUUCAAGAUCGGGUACUUCAUUGAUACAUACUUUGGCAAGGCCCAUCCAUUGUUUGACUCGACCGUCUUCUCGAAUGAACCCGACGCGAAGAUGGCCCUGGCGACUCAGUACAUCGAAGCCAUGGUCAGACAUGUUGAGCCACUCCUCGGGGAUGCGGCGCCGUUCUUUGGGGGUUCAAAUCGCCCAACACUGGCAGAGGUGCUGACCGCGCCUUUCCUUCUUCGCGUUCUGACGCUGCCCAAGCAUGAUGAAUUAGUACCAAGCUUUGUUCCUGAAACCCUUGAGCGUAGGGCACCGAAAUCAUAUAGGUGGGCACAAGCCGUUACAGCUGAACAGUCCGUGACUGCCAUUUGGGACGAGGAUCUGGUAGUCAAGCGCACACUGGAGAGAAUUGAAAAGAGAAAAGCCGCAACAUAA